AUGUCUACCCAAGCCGCCCGAAGCAUCCUCUUCACACACACAUCACCCCAGCAAGGAUUCAGAUUAAUCGAGCUACCCUCAGAACUAGCGGAGCUCCUCUCUUCAAAAGAAGCACCAACUCUUGAGCUCAAAUCCCCGUCAACAUCACACCUCCCGAACUCAAGCACAGACUCCGAGAAUCAUGAUUAUGUCAAUCUAUGCACUCCGAACCGAACCUACCGCAUCCGUCAAGUCCAAUCCUCAAACCCGAUCCAUAUACUUCAACCUAGCGAUGGCGGCGCCCAGCGAGGCGACAUCACCAUGGUCGGCGCCAACGACGACAUAAACCUAGUGGAGACGGUCACCACAAUCGCAAAGUGCGGGUCCACGCUGGAGUUGCAUACUCCGGCGGAAGGGUUCUCGGCGGUUUCGUUCCUCGAGAGAAUGCUGGCGGUGUAUGAUGGGGGUGAAGGGACUGAAGCUGUGGGCUUCGAUCUAGAGCCGGCUGAGAAGGAUGGUGUCAUACGUCGGGUUUUUGACGAUGUCCCUGUUUCGCGGGCGCAGUGUGAAGUUGGUUGGAUCGAGAUCUGUGCGUUUGUGCUUGGUCGGGCGGAUAAUGGCGAGGGCGCCGCGGGUUGUUGCCGGCGGCCUUCUGCGAGAGCAAAGCUGGAGGUGUGGAAGAGAGUUCUCGAAGGUGCGGUGCUGCAGGGUAUUCAUCUCGACCAGCAGUUUCUUGUGUCGGAUCUGUGGAAAUCGGUGCUGGAUGAUGAAGAUGAGGAGCCGUUUCCGCGGGGCCUAUUUGAGGCUGUUGUCAGGAGAGUUUGCGAGGCAGGAGAUAGUCAAGCUCAAGGGCUUGCUGACGGGGACAUGAAGUGGGCUAGCAUCGACAAAGCCAGGUGCACACGAUGGGUCGGCGAGACGUACUUGGAGGCCAUGGCGCCUGCUUUAGAUUCGGCAAUUGGGCGAAGCGAGUUCCUCAAUGCUUGGAAGGAUCAUCUUCCUGAUUCAUGGCGGGAUGAAGUAGCAUUGUCUCAACUGACGGAGAAUUCCUACAGGCACCCAGACCAAACAACAAUCUACUUCGUCAACAAUAUCGACAGACAUAAAAUCAAGAAGAAUAUGUCGACAGAUGCCAAUACUGCCACGGCGGCCAAAAAGUCACGAAACUGGCAUGAACUGUUCAGAAACCAAAAACGACAGAAAAAUUGA